CCCCCCCGCCUCCUCUUCCUCCUCCUCCUCCUGCCUCUGCCCAGCAGCCCCACGUACAUGCAGGAAAGCUAAAGCUAACACGGACAAAAUGCCUUUGGCCAAAGACCUCCUCCAUCCUGCUCUCGACUAUGAGAGAAGACAACACAAGAAGAAAAGACUUGUUCAGAGUCCGAACUCCUACUUUAUGGAUGUGAAGUGUCCAGGCUGCUACAAGAUCACCACUGUGUUCAGCCAUGCACAGACGGUGGUUCUCUGUGUGGGAUGCUCAACUGUGUUGUGCCAGCCAAAAGGAGGAAAGGCCAGACUGACAGAGGGUUGCUCUUUCAGGAGGAAGCAACAUUAAAAAGGGAUUGCCUCCUCAAUCCUCCAUGUCUGUAAUUCAGCCGUGGCGUUGAUAACAUUUUCCAUUGAUUACAAUGUAGUUCAUUCAAUAAUGAUACUGUCACUGUACAAAUGUUCAACUUUUAAGAAGACUUUCUAAACUUGCUAGCAGUUUUUUUUAAUACGAAAUGAGAGAUCUCAAUAAAUAAAACUGUUAUAAAAAAC